CCGCUCCGUAAAUCGGAAAUGCAAAAAGCGACCUACUACGACAGCUCUGCAAUCUAUGGUGCCUACCCCUACCAAGGAGCAAAUGGUUUCACUUAUAAUGCGAGUCAGCAGCAAUAUCCUCCAUCUUCAUCACUUGUGGAAACUGAGUACCACCGCCCCGCGUGCUCCCUCCAGUCCCCCGGCAGCUCUGUGUCCCACCACAAGGCCAAUGACAUCAGUGAGAGUUGCAUGAGGACCCUCCCCAGCCAGACUCUCCAGCCCCCCAGCCUCGCUGACCCACAGGCUCCACCGCAGCCGCCUCCAGCCCAGCAGUCACAGCCUCCACCUCCGACCUCCACCUCACCAUCUCAAAAUGCCAGCAGCAACCCUGCCCCGGCCAACCCCACCAAGAGCCCAGCUCUUAACUCACCCACCGUGUCCAAACAGAUAUUCCCAUGGAUGAAAGAGUCUCGGCAAAACACAAAGCAGAAAAACAGCAGUUCCAGUUCAGGUGAGAGCUGUGCUGGUGAUAAAAGCCCUCCAGGGCAAGCCUCCUCUAAGCGAGCCCGUACAGCUUACACAAGUGCCCAGCUGGUAGAACUGGAAAAGGAGUUCCACUUCAAUAGGUACCUUUGCAGGCCACGAAGGGUAGAAAUGGCUAAUUUGCUCAAUCUCACAGAAAGACAGAUCAAAAUCUGGUUUCAAAACCGCAGAAUGAAAUACAAAAAGGAUCAAAAGGGAAAGGGUAUGAUGACCUCUUCAGGAGGACAGUCCCCAAGCAGAAGCCCCGUCCCUCCAGCUGCUGGGGGAUACCUAAACUCUAUGCAUUCUUUAGUAAACAGUGUCCCCUACGAAUCCCAGUCGCCUCCACCAUUUAACAAGCCUCAUCAAAACACCUAUGGCAUCCCUGCAUCGUAUACUGCUCCUCUUAAUAAUUGCCCACCUCCUCAAAAGAGAUACACGGGGACAGCAGCUGUGACACCUGAAUAUGAUACUCAUCCUCUUCAAGGCAACGGUUAUGGGAAUCCACACAUACAGGGAAGCCCCGUCUAUGUAGGGGGCAACUACGUGGAGACCAUGACCAAUUCUGGGCCUUCCAUCUUUGGUCUAACUCAUCUCCCUCAUCCUCCCUCUGCCAACAUGGACUACAGCGGGGCUGGGCCAAUGGCCAACAAUCACCACCAUGGACCUUGUGAUCCACAUCCAACAUACACAGACCUUACCGCUCACCAUCCUUCUCAGGGAAGAAUUCAGGAAGCGCCCAAACUCACUCAUCUGUAA